UUUUUUUGCAUUUUAAAAUAGUGUUUUUUCCUGUCAGCCUGGUUAAGAGUUUUACUCCUUAAGCCAUCAGAGUUACUCAAAAUAAAACCUCACAUACGUGCAUUACACGAGCGGCUCCAGGGUGGUUGUUGAUGGGGCUGAUCCCCCCCCCCCCUUUUCAGUCUUUGAGUUUUCUUUCUCGUCCACAUUGCAGCAUUUUAAAUAGCUAAUUGAAAAUACGCUGAAUGUAAUUAAUUCUGAAUUUUAACAAACAGCUUCCUGUUUGUUCAACGUAUCAUCCGUUUAUGAUAAUUUGUUUUUAUAGUGUUCUCAAAAAGUUCCAUCGCAGUUUAAAUGAGAAACUAUCACAGACACAAACAAAUUAAAUAUAAAUUGAUUAAACAGCACAAUUAUACAAGUAAUUAAAAUUAAUUCAUUUGGUAAUUGUACUUGUGUAUUUUGAUUUUUCUGAAUAAAACAUGAGAUGCUUGUAAUUUACAAAAUAAAUGUGCUCCUGUCUGUCCCCACCAUCAGUUGAUGCUAUGGUAGCUAUGGUAACUAUGGCUUUAGCGCCGGCGUUGUGGGUGGGGGUGCUGGUGUUGGUGUUGGUGGAAGUUCCUGUGGCGGUGCAGAAGUGCAUCUUUGAUGAGGUUCAGGCGCAGGUCAGAGUAGUCCGAGCUUCAACCAGUCCACCCAAGGAGACCGGACCCCGAGUCCAGAAUGGGCAGCUUGUGAGACACUUAAGGCAGAGGUCGUCACCUCUCCGUGACCUUUCAGUAAAACAGAGGGGAAGUCUUAGAGAGGCCCCACUGCCAAUCAGGAUCCGGACCUGGGUCACAAGAGAGAGCCAGAUGUUGUCAGAGUCAGAGCAAGCAAAGCUGGAGGCGGCUGUGGGCGAGGCGGUUGGGACGGUGUCAUCUCUGCUGUCAGUCCGCAGAGUCACUGGUCCUUUGCUGCUCAGCAGGGAUCAGAACAAAUACUGCAAGUUCAUCUGGAGGGAUUCCAGAGCCGCCAACUACAACAGGUGUGGUCGAGCCAACAUCUUCUACCGGACUGAGACCUGCCUGGAUGUGAACGUGAGCUCCUCAAACACUUUCACUGCUCCUUUACGAUUUGGCACAUAUUUCACUGUGUUAAACUGUCUCCGCCACGUUCAGAUCCCAGAUGAACACCUGCGUGGAUGUGAUGUGUUCCCAGAGGCCGACUCGUCUCGCCGGACUGUCCUGAGACCCGACGGCGCCGGAGUCCCAGACACAGACUUCCUGAUGUACCUGCUGGUUCAGACCACCGACAAGUGCAGGGCCGAGCGCUCACUUUUAGCCUACGCAGUCCACUGCCAGACCGACAGCGGCGGGAAGCCUUUAGCCGGCGUGGUGGUCGUGUGCCGGGACAAGCUGAGCACCGCCGCAUACAGACACAACACUGCCGUGCAGACUGUGAUCCAUGAACUGUUCCACGUUCUUGGAUUCUCCAAAGAGCUUUUCCACACCUGGACAGACUGUUCCUCCUCCACUCCAGGAGUUGGAUGUUCUCCUCGGGUCCGAGCCCUUCACCCUGAUGGAUCGGGUCAGAUGAGGAUCUACACCCAGUCUGUGAUCUCAGCCCUCCAGAGGCACCUGGAGUCCACCGACCCCGAGCUGGGGGGGCCGCUGGAGAACCAGGACGCACCUCCAGGGGGCGUGUCCUCUCACUGGGAGUCACGGUUCCUGCAGGGCUCCAUCAUGGCGGCGAUGCUGCCAGAUACAAACCUGGGACGGAUCGAUCCGGUCACGCUGGCUGCGUUGCAGGACACGGGCUGGUACUCCGUCAACCAGAACCAGGCUCAGAAUCUGGUGUGGGGACGCGGUGAAGGAUCCACGUUUGGCUCCCUGUCAACCUGUCAACAUAACUCCUCAUGGUUUUUCUGCACGGGCAGUGGCUUUGGCUGUCAUUAUCUGCAUCUCCACAAGGGGGAGUGCCAGACUGAUCCGUACCUGGAGGGGUGUCGGGUGUUUAAGCCCCUGAAGAACAGAAGUGAAUGCUGGAGGGUGGAGAACGCCCCGCCCUCAGCUCAGGACAACCCAAGCGUCGAGUCUUUCGGACUCGACAGUCGCUGCUUCUUCUCCAACCUGACCGCAGAGAACCAGAGCGGCUCAGUUGCAGGUCGCUGCUACAGACACAGAUGCACUGGACCGGAAACAUUCCAGAUCCAGGUGUCAGGCUCAGACUGGAUGGACUGUCCGGCGGGAAGCACCGUUCAGGUGCGAGGGUACCAGGGUUUGGUUUUCUGCCCUCAGCGGAGGUUAUGUUCAUACGCAGACGCUGAUCCUCCCUCAGACAGCAUCACCGGAUUCACCGCAGGACGGACUUCUGCCAGUGGGUCCUCUGAGGUCCUCAUGCCUGUCCAGACCAGGACCCGACCUCCUCCGGAGCUCCUGGUGGCUGCAGGACUCGGGGUGGUUGGUGCUGUGUGUCUCCAGGCUGCAGUCAGGACGCUUUGCAGGAAGUUCUGGCCCAUCAGGAUCCACGCUGCUGCACCGGAGCCCAGCGAGGAAACACCGUGAGCCCAGAGAAACGAAGCUCAGGUCCCGUGGAUCACUGGAUCUGAAGGGAUGGAACGGGCUGUCACAUGACAAUCGUCAGCCAAUCACAGGCAUUCCUUCAUUCAUACCUGAAGCCAGAGGAAAGAAAA